UCUGUUCUGGUCACGUGGUCCGGUGGGGCUGGCUCUCACUGACCCCGGAUUUCUCUUGAGUUUUUUUCAAAGAUCGGAUUCCUGUCAAUCAGCGCUGAGGAAGUGCCGCACUGUCGGAGGGUCCGUGCUGAGGGAGCGCCGCACUGUCGGAGGGUCAGUGCUGAGGGAGCGCCGCACUGUCGGAGGUUAGGAUACCGUGAGGUACUGAAGAAACUGCAACAAAGAGAAACUAUAUCAGUUUCCUCCUCCAAGAUGCCCAGCGUUUGUUUCUUUUUAUGUUUUCUGCCUUUCUGGCCAAUCCUUCCAGUCUCAGCUGGUAAACCGUGUGAUGCCACGAGUUUUGGGGGUAGCUCAGUGGUUUGUAUUUGCAAUGCGACAUACUGCGAUACAAUGGAUCCACUGGUGUUGCCAGAGAAAGGCCAUUACCUUUUGUAUGAAACCACUAAGGCUGGUAAAAGGCUUGAGAGCAAAAUCGGAAAUAUCCUAACAAACACAAAACAGGAAGGUUUGCAGCUGACUUUUGAUGUGAGGAAGAAAUACCAGCAGAUGAAAGGUUUUGGAGGUGCGAUCACUGAUGCUGCAGCUAUCAACAUUCUCUCACUUUCUGCUGGGUCCCAGGAAAAUCUUCUCCGAUCCUACUUUUCCGAAGAAGGAAUUGAGUACAAUAUUAUCCGUGUACCGAUGGCGAGCUGUGAUUUUUCAACACGUGUGUACACUUAUGAUGACCAUUCUGGAGACCUGGAUCUGCAACACUUCAGUUUGACAGAGGAAGACACCAAAAUGAAGAUCCCAAUUAUUCAAGCGGCCAAAGCAGUCUCCAAACGUCCCAUGUCCUUGUUUGCGAGUCCAUGGACUGCUCCACCCUGGAUGAAAACAAGCAAUUCAACAAUUGGGAAGGGGACUUUGAAGGGGAAGCCUGGAGGAAAAUACUACAAGUCAUGGGCAAAGUAUUUCAUCAGGUUUCUGGAUGAAUAUGCAAAACACAACCUCACAUUUUGGGCAUUGACAGCACAGAAUGAGCCCACCACAGGAAUGCUGACUGAUUAUAGCUUCCAGUGCAUGGGCUUUACAGCAGAGAUGCAGCGAGAUUUCAUUCUGCUUGACCUUGGGCCUGCAUUACAGAGCAGUGCUCACAAGGACGUGCAGCUUAUGAUCCUUGAUGAUCAAAGACUCUUGUUGCCCUAUUGGGCAAACGUGGUCUUGAGUGAUGUGCGUGUUGCUCAGUAUGUACAUGGCGUUGCAGUGCACUGGUACCUCGAUAUGCUGACUCCAGCUGACAAAACUCUGGGCAGCACACAGGAGCUUUUCCCAGAAUAUUACCUGUUUUCCACAGAGGCCUGCACUGGAUACUUGCCGUGGGAACACACAGUGCAAUUGGGAAGUUGGGAGCGAGGUGCCAUGUACAGCUAUGACAUGAUUCAGAAUCUGAAUAAUUAUGUAACUGGUUGGACAGACUGGAACAUUGCAUUGAAUUUGCAAGGUGGCCCGAACUGGGUGAAAAACUUUGCUGACAGUCCAGUCAUAGUGAACAGUCAUCAGGACACCUUCUACAAACAACCUAUGUUCUACCACAUGGCCCACUUCAGUAAAUUUGUUCCUGAGGGUUCUCGACGAGUCGGCCUUGAUCCCAAUGCUGUUACUGAGCUGGAAUCUGUGGCUUUUCUCCGCCCAGAUGGAUGUGCAGUCGUCAAUGUCCUGAACUGGAGCCUGAAGGAUAUCGAUUUUGUGAUCUGGGAUCCAGAGCAUGGCUUUAUUAAAGCACAUUCACCUGCACAAUCUAUCCAGUCUUAUUUAUGGAAAUGGCAAUAAAUCUUGUUUCACAAACAGUCAAAGUAAAGUCA